AGUUACCUCCAGCCAGAUCUAACAACCCCACUCGGAUCAGCUCCAAUGGACUGAAGGGGAGGAAUGGAACUUCACACAGCACAACCCCGUCAGCUUUGUGCUGAAGAAGAAACGCCUCCAGGUGUGUGUGGCUGCUGUGGUGCCCUUCGCCCAAGGUACAAGAGGCUGGUUGACAACAUCUUCCCUGAGGAUCCCGAGGAUGGCCUGGUGAAGACCAACAUGGAGAAACUGACCUUCUAUGCCCUCUCGGCCCCGGAGAAGCUGGACCGCAUCGGGGCCUACCUCUCCGAGAGGCUCAUCCGCGACGUGGGCCGGCACCGCUACGGGUAUGUGUGCAUCGCCAUGGAGGCACUGGACCAGCUGCUCAUGGCCUGCCACUGCCAGAGCAUCAACCUCUUCGUGGAGAGUUUCCUCAAGAUGGUGGCCAAGCUGCUGGAGUCAGAGAAGCCCAACCUGCAGAUCCUGGGCACCAACUCGUUUGUGAAGUUCGCCAACAUCGAGGAGGACACACCAUCCUAUCAUCGGAGCUAUGACUUCUUCGUCUCUCGGUUCAGUGAAAUGUGCCACUCGAGCCACGAGGACUCAGAGAUCAAGACAAAAAUCCGAAUGUCUGGCAUCAAAGGUCUGCAAGGGGUGGUGAGGAAGACGGUGAAUGAUGAACUGCAGGCCAAUAUCUGGGACCCGCAGCACAUGGACAAGAUCGUCCCCUCGCUGCUUUUCAACCUGCAGCACGUGGAGGAGGCAGAGAGCCGGUCUCCCUCCCCGCUGCAAGCACAGGAGAAGGAGAAGGAGAACCCGGCAGAGCUGGCAGAGAGGUGCCUGAGGGAGCUGCUGGGCCGGGCAGCCUUCGGCAAUAUUAAAAACGCCAUCAAGCCUGUUCUCAUCCAUCUGGAUAACCACUCCCUGUGGGAACCCAAGGUGUUCGCCGUCCGCUGCUUCAAAAUCAUCAUGUACUCGAUUCAGCCGCAGCACUCCCACCUGGUUAUCCAGCAGCUCCUGGGCCACCUGGACGCCAACAGCCGCAGCGCUGCCACGGUGCGCGCGGGCAUCGUGGAGGUGCUGUCAGAGGCUGCGGUCAUAGCCGCCACCGGCUCCGUGGGCCCCACGGUGCUGGAGAUGUUCAACACGCUGCUGCGGCAGCUGCGGCUCAGCAUCGACUACGCGCUGACGGGGAGCUACGACGGGACGCUGAGCCUGGGCAGCAAGAUCAUCAAGGAGCACGAGGAGCGCAUGUUCCAGGAGGCCGUCAUCAAGACCGUCGGUGCGGGGCGGGGCCUGGGCUCCUUUGCCUGCACGCUGCCCACCUACCAGCGCUCUGAGGUGAUCCUCUUCAUCAUGAGCAAGGUGCCGCUGCCCACCCUACACCACGCCGUGGACGCCGGGAGGACAGGGGAGAACAGGAACCGCCUGACCCAGAUUAUGCUGCUGAAAUCCCUCCUUCAGGUAUCCACAGGUUUCCAGUGCAGCAACAUGAUGUCGGCGCUGCCCAGCAACUUCCUGGACCGCCUGCUCUCCACCGCUCUCAUGGAGGAUGCAGAAAUCCGUCUCUUUGUUCUAGAGAUUCUCAUCAGUUUUAUCGAUCGUCAUGGCAACCGCCACAAGUUCUCUACCAUCAGCACCCUCAGUGACAUCGCGGUCCUGAAGCUGAAAGUGGACAAGUGCUCCCGACAGGACACCGUCUUCAUGAAGAAGCACUCCCAGCAGCUGUACAGGCACAUCUACCUGAGCUGCAAGGAGGAGACCAACAUGCAGAAGCACUAUGAAGCGCUGUACGGCCUGCUGGUGCUCAUCAGCAUCGAGCUGGCCAACGAGGAGGUGCUGGUGGACCUCAUCCGCCUGGUGCUGGCUGUUCAGGACGUGGCCCAGGUCAACGAGGAGAACUUGUCCGUGUACAACCGCUGCGCCCUCUACGCCCUGGGCGCAGCCUACCUGAACCUCAUCAGCCAGCUUACCACGGUGCCCGCCUUCUGCCAGCACAUCCACGAGGUGAUAGAAACCAGGAAGAAGGAGGCUCCAUACAUGCUCCCUGAGGACGUGUUUGUGGAGAGGCCCAGGCUGUCCCAAAAUCUUGACGGCGUGGUGAUUGAGUUCCUCUUCCGCCAGAGCAAGAUCAGCGAAGUCCUGGGAGGCAGUGGCUACAAUUCAGACAGGCUCUGCCUGCCCUACAUCCCUCAGCUGACAGAUGAGGAUCGCUUAUCCAAGCGGAAAAGCAUUGGAGAGACCAUUUCCCUGCAGGUGGAGGUGGAAUCCAGGAACAGCCCAGAGAAGGAAGAGCGAGUGCCCGCUGAGGAGAUUACCUACGAGACACUGAAGAAGGCCAUUGUGGAUAGUGUGGCGGUGGAGGAGCAGGAGCGCGAGCGGCGGCGGCAGGUGGUGGAGAAAUUCCAGAAGGCGCCCUUCGAGGAGAUCGCGGCCCACUGCGGGGCCCGGGCAUCACUGCUGCAGAGCAGACUCAACCAGAUCUUUGAAAUCACCAUCCGGCCCCCGCCCAGCCCAUCAGGAACCAUCACUGCCGCCUAUGGCCAAGCGCAGAGCCACUCCAUACCUGUCUACGAGAUGAAGUUUCCCGAUCUGUGUGUGUACUGAGCUCCCGAGGAUGAAGCUGCUCGCAGGGAUGGGGUCUGAGGGAAGGCUGACCUCAUGCCCGCCCUUGCCCCUGAAAAUCUGGCUGGGAUCUCUGACUUUGCCUCCUCCCCAGCUAAGCAAAGGCUGAGCCUCCAGGCCCCUCCGGAACUUCACAGCCCUCCCACCUCCACCCUGCCUUCCCUGAGGAGGACCCAGCCACCUGCCCCUUGGGGGCAAAGAGCAUCUCAUCCCUGCCCUUUGUCUUCUCUUUUUGGUCAGCCAGGGGUGGGGAAUCAUGGGGUUGUCUCCAGAGAGGAGGGGGAGCUCCACUUGGGGUGCUGGUUGAAGGGCUUCCACUGAGGCUGCGUCUUGGGGCUCAUCUGAUGUCUCUAGAGGAGGCAACCAGCUGGAGACUUCAUUGGUCUGAGGAGGAACCAAGGAAAGCUCCCCCUGGAAAGGAGUAGCAGUGAGAGCUGGAGACAGUGCUGCUGUCCUCCUGAGCAGGCCCGGCCUCCCCACUCGAGUCUUGGGAGUCUCUUCCGCUCUUGCUGGCCCUCCGUUUGUCCAUUGUUUUGCUGCUGUUACUGAGCGUUGAGCCCCUGGUAACGAGCUGGGGGUGGAGAGGCGCUGGUUCUGCCCCCUUGGUUCAGAAGGGACUUGUGGGUGGUUCUCUGUCUUCUGGAUGUUUCUCUGAGUUAGUUGGGUUCUCUCUCUGUGUUGUCUUUCUUCCAAGGGCCCUACGGAGUUUCCACACAGCCUCUGGAUUGGGGGGAGGCAGAAGAAGAUAGUCUAGUUCAGUGAUGGCAAACAGCUGGCUGUGGGACUCCUGCCAUAGGUCCGCCACCCCUGGUCUAGUUCUAGAUGAUUCAAAGCUGGGGGAAGAGCAGGGCCCGAGGACUGUGCCCAGAGCCUCCCAGGAAAACGCUCCCAGCUGGGCUGGGGAGCAAGGCCAGGGAGGAGUGGGGCCAGUGGCCCUUUGGGGCCUUCUGGGUGUUCAUCUGAGGAAAGAGGGAGCUAGUGCCUGCUACUCAAGUGAUGUCUUCAUGCUCUGGAAACGUGGGACAUUGAUGCCACCUGGCCUUGCUUGUAGCCUGGGGAGAGGCAGAGGAGACCCCUCUGGGUUCUGGGCUUCUGUUUUCCCUGAGUGCAGCAAACCCAGACUGUGAAAAGGCUGCUGCUCUCUCCAUGGUUCCCUUUCUGACCGUCCUCUGAGUGCCUUUGGGUGUCCCGGGUGCCUCUGGAAGCAGCAGCCUCCUGUGUCCAGAGUAGCCUUUCUUUUCCUUCCAGACUUUCUAUAAUUUUUCCAUCACUUUCCUGAGCUGACAUGACUCACAGUGAGGUAUGAAUGGUCAAAUAUGCCCUCCUUGAAUAUUUGCUUUUCAAAGCGGGGAGGAAGAGUAGAUUUCUUGACCGACAGGAACCCCUUUUUAGGGUACAGUUUUUGGCAGUAUGGCGAGGGCUCAGAGGGAGGCCGUUUCUGCAGAGGGUGGCUUCAGAUCCCAGCCCCAAACAGUGGCAGGCUGAUUGUCAGGGCUGACGGAUGCAUCUUCCAAAACCAGCAGGAUGCUAACACACUGCACUGAGGUAAAUGUGAGGAGGGGCCGUCUGAGGCUUCGUUCCUGUAGCCUUGCAGUUUCCACCUUCAGAUGCAUCUCUUCCCGGGUCACUGGCCCAGUCCUGGGGGCCGUGGCUUCUGCAUGGCCUGCACGAUCACAGGCCUCGGGUCGGGUGAGGCUCCCACUCCCCAAGGCUUUCGGGCUGUAUUUUGUGACUUUUGUGUAACUUACGCUCAUCCCAGUUCCACAAGCAUGAAUUUAGAUUUCUCUCGGAUGUCUCAUUAUUAAGAAACUUAAGUUUAAAAUAACUUGAAACAAAUUUAAAGCCAAAUAACCUCUGGAAGAAACUCAAGAAAAUCUAGUCCUUGGGCCACAAAUGUCUUUCCUCAGCAGGUCAUCCCAUCUCCUACUCCAAGCUUGGCUAAGAGAGGGCACUCUGUCUUCCUGGUACCCGGGUGGCGUGAAGGUGCUCCCGGAGGCACCUCUGCUCUGAGCUCUGCCCGUGGGCCCUGGUUCUGGGACUCAGGAGUCAUUUCCUGGAGCGCCUUUAAAGGCAGCUUCAGAAGCUGAGACCUGGAGGUUUGCUCAGACUUCUCUGUCCCUCAGCCACCCUUGAGAAGAGAGAAAGGGAAAAUGAGGGCUUCGGCAUAGGCUGGACUGUAGCUCCCUCUGUCUAACCAAGGCCACUUUCUCUACACCGCAGCUGCUUUGCAGAGAUGUGCUCCUUCCAGAGAACCAGCCAUGUCUUGCACUUUCUCAUCUCCACUUUAGCUUAAAUUUUCCCGCAGUAGACUCUUAGGUUGCCUGCUGACGUGGAGUGGACUCUGAUGCUGGCCACCCACGCCUCAGAAUCAGGAAGUUUAACGUGAGUCACCUCGGACGGAAUGAAAUGGUGAACACAGUCAUGCCUGUCACCCCGUCACGAGGCCAGGGAAAGGCAGACCGGAGUUGGGUGGGCUUAGGGGGAGGAGCUUGGUGCCCAUCCCCAGCCUCGUGUCCCUGCAGCCUGCCUUCCAGGCCCUGACUCGUGCCCCAUUUUUCUGCCCUUCUCUGCUCUGAGCUGGAGCCAAGAGGAGCCAGCUAGCCCAUUGAGACCAGCUGCCCCCAAAAGCCACCGGGGACUCCAGCUUUGUGGCCAAGGGGCAAGGCAGUCAGCAUGCUGCUGAUAGAACUUAAUAGGCAUCAAUGUAUUUGAGAGUUGGAAGUUCUGUGAAUUUGCUUGGGACAUAAAAGUGCAUGAGAAGCAGAGAGCAUCCCUGUAGUCCCAGGGUGCCACCUGCCUUCUUUGCACUGGGGUCUCAGUGCCUGGCCUGUUCCCAGUUACCUCUCUGAUAAGUAGGAUAAGUGGUUUCUUGACUCUCAAACAGCCUCCUCACCAAGGGUGGAACCUAUGUAGAAAAGUCCUCCAUGCUGUCCUGUCCAGCCUCCCCCACUACCCAUAUACAAGUAGACGACAAUCAGGGAGAAGGGGCCUGGGGCCAAUGUGUGUGCUCAAAGAAGCAUGGCAUCGUGUCACGUAUGUGCUGCCUUUGCCCUGCCUGUUCCAGGGCCACAGGACUCGUUUCAACCAGGGUAGGCGACAGAACAGCCUUUAGGUUUCUUUAAACAGCAAACCUCUUGUCUGGGGACCACUGGUCAUGUUGCCUUUCAGUUGUCAUUCCAUUGUCCCCAGGCCUCCCAACCAGGCUACAAGAAGUGCUAUUGAGAAGUGAAGCUGUUUUUCCCAGUUCUUCCUUACGACCAUAAAAUGGCAGCUGGCUGGUUUAGGGGCCCAUUGAGAAGGGCAGGACCAGGGCUGUGGGGCAGAGUUGUGUUUAAAGGCAGAUAGAGGUUGUCAUAGCAGGGCAGGCCACACCUACCUCCUGUGUCCUUGGCCCUGGCAGCCAGGUUCAUCCAGUUAGCCCUAGAAAUCUGGUUACUGUGACCCUUUAUCCCAAAUCAGGCUUAGGGCAGAAGACUGCAGAAGGAGGGUCAUGGGGGCCCUGUCCUGGAGCCGGGCUGCUGGGACGUGGUGAGGAGCCACAGAGGCAGGCCCAGGGCUCUGGCAGAAGGCAGUUUCUGAGCUCUCCUGGGACACCCGCCUGGCUGACCAGGUCUUCAUGACCACCUUCCUCUUUCGCUCUUCCUUGACUCAAUUCCGGCACAUGAAGUGCAGACUUUUGGGUCCGCAUAUGCUGCAGCACAUACAUGGUGAUGUGUCUGUGUCCAUCUAGACCUUCAUGGCCUGGCUGAGUGUGUGUGCAUGUGUGUAACGUAGUCCGUAGUUGGCAGUAACCUGUAUAUAACAUCUGACAUUUAUGUGUGAGUGCACAAUUAGUGCCUGUGGCAGUUUUCUGUAUUUUAAACUUGUUGCAUCAAAUUAGUUUUAUUUUAGGGAAGGAGGGAAAGAGUGGGGGAGCUUAGGAAGGACUCCUAGCAAGAUCAUUCUUUAGAACUGUUAGUAGCAAUUUCCCAAUAAGCCUUCAUGAUGCCCUUUUCAAAUAAAUGUUAAUGUUGUCACUA